AUGGCGUCGUCAUCGGCCAACCUCACCGAGCAGUUUGUCCACAAACAACUCACCGAUAGCACGGCAAAAAUCUUGGACGAUUUGGGAUUUACGUCUACCUCGAGCGGGUCAUUAGAUGUUCUCGCGGACGUCAUGCGGCGCUACCUGGAGAACGUGUGUCGACAGGCAAAAAUCUUCAUGGAACAUGGUGGUCGCAGUAAUUUUGAUGUGGAAGAUGUAGAACACACAUUUCAACGCCUUGAAAUCAAUGGGAUGGAGUUGUUUGACUAUAUGGAUCAAAUCGGCUCCACUCAGAAAAAGCUCUUGGUCAAUGGAUCAGCCACACCAGUGCCUUCACUUAAAUCUACUGUACUACCUCAACUAUCUAUGCUUCCAUCGACUAGCGAAACGAUCUCCAUGGCGAACCCAACGGAAAAUGAAAUCAACGAAAGGAUACGUGAAGAUGGACAUAUAUUACCGUUUUUCCCAACAUUGUUGCAACAAACCAACACCAAAGAAACUGUAAUUGACGAUGUUGAGACACCUUCUACAAGCGUUCCGAAAAUGGAGUCUGAAAAGAGAUUUGUCAAACAAAAAGACGAAUUUCCGGCAUUUGAGGGAGAUGCUAUUUCAUUGGGAAUCGUGAGAAAAGCGACGAUGUUUGUUUCACGUUUUGAUCAACCACGACCGGCGACACCAUCAACAAGUGCAACAAGUAUACUCACAAAGAAGAUCAAGAAAGAGAAUAUUCAUCAACCAAAAUCCGCACGGGCCAGCCCGGUUCCUGCGCAUUCUCCCUCACCAUCUACCUCAUCAACAAAUAUUUCCAGAAAAGUCGAAAGCAGUCCGAAUUUGAAAGCACUUGAGAAUGGUCCUUUGAAGUUGACGAUUUCUCCAUUGAAUGCGCUUCGAAAAGAAGGAAAGAAACGUCCAAUUUCGCCACUUGUCACCUCGGAGCCACGACAUGUUUAUGAUGAUAUUCCACACCUGGAGAUUGUCAAGAAAGAAAUAGAAUCCCUUGAUUUUGUUAAUGAUUUCAAUGCGCCAACGCCAGAAUAUCGAACGAAUGAAGGAAGCAACGAUGAUCUUUCACAACCGCCAAUACUACCAAUUGUCUCAGAAAAACGAAAGGAGAAGUUAAAGGAACGUAAACGUAAAGAUAAAGGAGCUAAUGGGAAAUCUUUACCAACUGAGCCACCGCUCUUGGAACCGAUUUUGCUUCCAACAAUUGUGCGACAUCAUCUAACUCCAUCACCACCUACCGGGGUUUCUCCGAUUUGCACUCAACCGAUUCGAAUCAAAAUCAAGGACCUGAACUCGAGCAGCCCAUCGGCCAGUUAUUCAACAGAGAAAGUGUCAAGCGCAACACCACCGCGAAUUGCUGAUCUUCCGCCAAGGGAUUCCGACUCUGAUGAAACGAUUCCAAUGGUUGAACAGUCACCUUUAAUCGACGAGGAAGUUCUACAGACAACUUUCCCGCUCAACAUGAGUCUCACUUCCAACCCCGAUGAACGGUCAACAAAAAGAAUCAAAGAUGACAACAGAAAUAACACUCCUAUUGACCGCGAACGGGAACACAAGAAGAAAAAGAAGAAAGAAAAGGAGAGGCGUGAAAGAGAACGUGGCAAAGAGCGAGAAAGGGAAAAGGACAAAGGGAAACCUCUUCAUAAGGAAAAGGAUGGCCAAAAGAAAGAAGAACGGAAUCACAAAAAGGACGAGAAAAGAAAAGAGGGAGGCGAUCGGAAAGCAAAAGAAGAGAAACUAUUGGCUCCACUGAAAAUUAAGCUUCUCAGUCCAACAACAAGUGAUCCUCCGGCAACUCCUUCUGCUGAGCAACCUAUUGCCAUUGAGCGAACAGAACCGUUGCGAAUCAAAAUAAAACCGAUGCAGAAAGAAACUGAUGAGGGCCUUCGCGUCAAUUCUCCAAUUCCGCCAGUGACACGUAUGGGAGUUGUGACUCCAGUGCAUGUUGAUCAGAAUAGCAAUCGUCCAAGAGUGAAGACCAAAGGUGAAUUAAAAGCACUCCCAGAGUUUCCACCAUUGUUCUCGGUUGAUACAAAGAUAAUUCGACCGGCGACACCAAAGAAUCGCAGUAACACAUCGACACCCGUUCCGCCUGCAAGAAAUAGUCCUGUUCCACCCUUGACUUUGAAACUUGCAAAGGACAAAGAUAAGGAGAAGGAACGGGAAAAAGAGAAACAUCGAAAAUCGGACACCUUGAAGAUUAAGGACAUUGAAAAGUCGACGAAGGAUGAUUCAUCAAAAAGUGAAAAGCCUGCAAACAAUAUCAUCAAGAAAAUCAAUGUUGAUUUGAAAACGCCAAAGGAAAAGAAACCUGAAAAAGAAACUCCAAAGGAAAGGCCGAUGACAAAUGGGACAAGUAACGACGAGCAGGUUUGGAUUUGUCCGCAUUGUUCGGUGGCCUGGGUGGAAGGAGCUGAUAUGGUUGCGUGUGAUACCUGCGAUGGUUGGUAUCAUUGGGCAUGCGUCGGCAUUGUCGUUGAACCACCCAAGAAUCAACAGUGGUAUUGUGACAAAUGCACAAAAAAGAGGACACAAUUGGUGGAAGUAGCACAAAGAAAAGGAAAUGAAAGAAUCCGCGACGAUUGCUGCUUU